CGCCUCGCUGAGUUGUUGUUUUUUUAUCCCUCGAUGCCGUGUCGAUAUAAACUAAUAUUUAGCGAUGGCUAGUCAUCUUAAAUUUACACAGGAUGUACGGGUUUUCACACUGAACUGUUGGGGAAUUCCAAUAGUCUAUGCAUCAUUGCAUAGGAAGGAGAGGUUUCAGGCCAUCGGGGAACAUUUGACCAAAGGAAACUAUGACAUUGUUGUUUUAGAAGAGGUAUGGAGCCACGGUGAUUUCAAAAGGCUGGUGGAACAAACAAAAGAUGCACUACCAUAUUCCUACUACUUUCAUAGUGGUUUCCUUGGAGCUGGACUCUGUAUUUUCACCAGAGGAGAAAUCAUUGAUACUGUAAUACACCGGUACUCACUCAAUGGCUAUGCCCACAAAGUACAACACGGAGACUGGUUUGGAGGAAAGUGCAUCGGCCUAUGCGUGAUCAAGUUAGGGAAACUCCGGUUUAAUGUUUACGCAACACAUCUUCACGCGCAGUACUCGGUCGAGAACGACGAGUACAAGUCGCACCGUGUCACGCAGGCGUUCGAGACGGCACAGUUCAUCCGCGCGACGCGGCAGAACGCCGACGUGACGAUCCUCGCCGGCGACCUCAACCUCGAGCCGACGCAGGUCGGCUACAAGGUCAUCAGGAGCCACGCGCAGCUGCAGGACGCGUGGCUGGCGAGCGAGAACAAGAUGAACAACCACGAUGAGUCGGGGCAGACCUGUGAUACAGUGCACAACACGUACAGCGCCGGCGGGACCAAUCCUGUCCGUAUCGACCACAUCAUGUACUCAUGCAACCCGAGUAUGAACACCGACAUUGGAAUUAGGUGUAUGGAUGUCCAACUGCCAUUAGGAAUUGUUCCUGGCCACCAAAUCAGCUACUCUGACCAUGAGGCAUUGCUGGCUGUACUGAGGAUAUCAAACGACAAGACCGAUAAUGUCGGGUUACAACCGGAGGAGGGCGACGCAGAGGAGCGAAUGUCGGUGCUCACAGAAGCUUCGCGCAUCAUCGGCGAGGGCAUCGACAACGUACAGCGCUCGCGCUACGUCUUCGGCGCCAUCUGCGUCGUCAGCGUCUGCCUGCUCGCGCUCACCGUCAACAUCGAGUUUCCGUGGGGCACGCAGAGCGUCGCCGUCGCGCUGCGCAUCUGCAUCUCGGCCGCCGUCGCUUACAGCUUCUGGAUGGCCGUCGUUGAGAGCCGCAAGGAGAUUGUGUCGAUGUUGGCUGCGACCGCGGGGCUGCGCGUGUGCGUCAACACGCUGCAGCGCGGCUCGACCGCAGGUCGGGAGGAGAGGGAUGCGCGCGAGACGACGAGCGGGUAGCUCUAGGAGAAUAUCGAUUUUCUGCUCGCGAAGGACCGGGUCGAGAUUGGGUUUCGGGUCGAGACUUUAGCAAGCGCGCGGCGGGCAAAAAGCGAGGCAUCUUUUUCGGGUCGGGCGAUUGACGUGAUAUCUGUGAGUAUAAAAACAUCUAGCCGUGUGGCUGAUCAUGUGUAAUUUACAUUGCGUGGCAUUUUGCGCUGUAUAUUCCGUUCGUGCUCGACUGUAGCCAUGCGCGUGAUGUUAUUAAUUGCCAAUGUGAUUUCAUGACGUUUUUAAACGUAUCACAAAUUGUGUUUGAUCAUUAAUUUUGCACAUCAUUGCACAUUCCGUUACUAAAGUGUGAUCAUUUUCAAUCCAAUCAUGUCUGAUAAAAUGAUGUAUCAGUAAGUAGUAAUAUCUGUUACAGCAUAAGAAGUCACGGCCAGCGUGAUUUCAAUUAGUAUGCAAAAUACACAUUACAAAAAUAACCAUGAUGGUUGCCACGGUGAUUUAUAUAGGAAUUAUUUACACCAAACUUGUGUUUAAUCACGAAAUUAAUUAUGAAGUUUAAUACAGGUUAUAAAUAGCAAAAUUUGGUAGCAUAAACCACACCUUUACUGUUUUUCAGUUGGGCUUGAUUUUUAUACUGUACUCUUAUAUGUAUUGGAUUAUGCCAAGAAUAUCUAGUCUUAAUUUCUUUUUCUGUUUAGAUAUAGAACAUUGACUUUUUCUGAAAGGUAACUGCUACAAAAUUCAGAACAUUGCACAAUGGAUCAUGUUACGAAUUUGCACGUGACACUACUGUUAUUCGAGUUUCUCAAUCAUGCUUAUAAAUACUGUAUAUACCGGG